AUGCAGUUGUCCUUGACUCAUCCAUGCUCCUGGAUGGGUCUGUUGCUGCUGGUGUCAAGCCUACUCCUUUGGGAACACGUGACCUCCACAAGAGAUGACCAGAUGACCAAUGAAGAGUUGUAUUACAAAUUACUUUCCAUUUCACAUCGCACCCGUACAGUUUCUCGAAAAAUGUAUAAAAUUUUAGAUAAGAAGUUAGACAAGAGAAGAUUGUUUAGAGACAGUAGAAACAACACCUGCCACAUCACUUCCAUCCCUACUUCAAAAAAAACUGAAGACCUUCUGAAAGUGAUCAUCAAUGUUUCGAGUACCUGGAAGUACCCACUGAAACUGCUAACACCUGCAACGCUGACCCACUUAGGGUCCUAUGAUGGUAUGCUGGCAAGAGUUGUAGAGGUUAACUUUGGAAAUCAAGAAGUUCUGGAGGGAGCAAAAAUUUUACUCAGCAGGAUUCAACCUGGAUUUGAAGAAAAUGACUAUAUUGACUGGCCAGAACUAAAACAAUUGAGGUCUUCCAAUGAAGACACUCAUCUUUUUGCAUUUUAUAAACUCUUCUACUGCCUCCGCCAGGAUACAAAAAAGGUUGACCGUUAUCUCAAGACCCUGAGGUGCCGAGUCAUCAAAAAUUACAAGUGUUAA